AACGCGGCGGCGCUUUGCACCUGCGGCCCACAUGGAGUGAUGGCGACUUCUACCAGAGGGUGGUGGAACAGCCGCCGCCCUGGCAGGUGAAGAAGCAGAUCGAACCAAGAGAGGAGGACGAUGAUGCCGACGUGGAGGAGGAAGGCGAUGGUGAGAAAGGUGUGGCCAAGUGUGGUGGG